UUGCUGGUGUCGCCUCCAGAGAUCUGGUUUAUAUGGAUUUUGCAGUUUUCCAGCAGAAAUCUUGAGAAGCACUAACCAGUUCAAAGCCAUGGCCUUUGGUUCAGUGACAUUCAGGGAUGUGGCCAUAGACUUCUCACCAGAAGAAUGGGAAUUCCUGGACUCAGCUCAGAGGGACUUAUAUAGGGAUGUGAUGUGGGAAAAUUAUAGAAACUUCAUUUCACUGGCAGGACAUUCCAUUUCUACACCAGAUGUGAUUACAUUAUUGGAUGACGGGAAGGAGCCCUGGAUGCUUAUGAGGGAAAGGAUAAGAAGACACUACCUUGAUUUGGACUCCAGAUACAGGACUAAUACUUUAUCUUCAGAAAAGGAUAUUUGUGAAAUAUAUUCAUUCCAAUUGGAAGUAAUGGAAAAAAUUAAAAGCUAUUGCCUUCAGGACUCCAUUUUUAGAAAUGAUUGGGAAUGCAAAAGUAAGAUUGAGGGGCAAAUGGAACCACAAGAAGGAUGUUUGGGGCAAGUGGAAAUUACUUCUGAAAAAAUGACCACAUACAAAAAGCAUAAUUUUCUCGCUGAAUAUCAGAGAGUUCAUAAUAGGGAAAAGUUAUAUGAAUGUAAGGAAUGUAGGAAGACCUUUAUUCGUCGCUCAACACUUAGUCAACACCUGAGAAUUCAUACUGGUGAGAAACCUUAUAAAUGUAAGGAAUGUGGGCAGGCUUUUAGACAACGUGCACACCUUAUUCGACAUCACAAACUUCAUACUGGUGAGAAACCCUAUCAAUGUAAGGAAUGUGGGAAGGCCUUUACAGUGCUCCAAGAACUUACUCAACAUCAGAGACUCCAUACUGGUGAAAAGCCCUAUGAAUGUAAAGAAUGUGGAAAGGCCUUUAGAGUACAUCAGCAACUUGCUCGACAUCAGAGAAUUCACACUGGUGAGAAACCCUAUGAAUGUAAGGCGUGUGGGAAGACCUUUAGGCAGUGUACACACCUUACUCGACAUCAGAGACUUCAUAUUGCUGAGAAGCUCUAUGAAUGUAAGCAAUGUGGGAAAGCCUUCGUGUGUAGUCCAGACCUUCGAGUACAUCAGAAAAUUCAUUUUGGUGAGAAGCCCUAUGAAUGUAAGGAAUGUGGAAAGACUUUUAGAAUAUGCCAACAACUUACUGUCCAUCAGAGUAUUCAUACUGGUGAGAAACCCUAUGAAUGUAAGGAAUGUGGGAAGACUUUUAGAUUAAGACAACAACUUGUUCGCCACCAGAGAAUUCAUACUCAUGAGAAGCCCUAUGAAUGUAUGGAAUGUUGGAAGACCUUUAGUAGUUACUCACAACUUAUUUCACACCAGAGCAUUCAUAUUGGUGAGAGACCUUAUGAAUGUGAAGAAUGUGGGAAGGCCUUUAGACUGCUUUCUCAACUUACUCAACAUCAGAGUAUUCAUACUGGUGAGAAACCCUAUGAAUGUAAGGAAUGUAGAAAACCCUUUAGACUGCUCUCACAACUUACUCAACAUCAGAGUAUUCAUACUGGUGAGAAACCUUAUGAAUGUAAGGAGUGUGGUAAGGCUUUUAGACUUUAUUCAUUUCUUACUCAACAUCAGAGAAUUCAUACAGGUGAGAAACCCUACAAAUGUAAGGAAUGUAAGAAGGCCUUUAGACAGCAUUCACACCUUACUCAACAUCAGAAAAUUCAUAAUGAAAUUUAGUACAAGAAAGCCUUGAUGUGUACAUUAUGUUACAGAAUAUCACAAAAUUCAUUUUGAGAAUUGUUUUCAUGCUCACAUCAAAGCAUAAGAAAUUUUAUAUGACAGGAAAAAUUUUGCUUUAAAAGCCUUCCUUCACCAUUCAAACAUUGCCUCUGGCAAAUGUAUGUCAGAGAAUAAUACAAUUAAUAUAAGAAAAGCUUUAGCUUUCUUUAUCAUUGUCUCCAUUUCACCACUUUAUUACCACUUUGUUACUGGACAAGGUACUUAAACUUCUGUGACUCAUUUUGUUCACGUGUAAAAUGGUGAUGAUAUGUAUAUUAUUUAUUGCUGUAUAAUAAAUUACCACAACUUAAUUAAUAGCUUAAAAUAAUACAUAUAUAUUAUUUCACAAUUUCUAUGGAUUGGGAGUCUGGGUGUAACUUAGUUGGGUCUUCUGCUUCAGAAUUUCUCAUGAGGCUAAAAUCAAGAUUUUAGCUAAGGCUGGGUCUGAUCUGAAGGCUCAACUGGGAAAGGGAUCCACUUCCAACCUCAUAUGGUUGUUGGCUGAAUUUAUUUUCUUGAGGGCUACUGCACUGAGGUCCUAAGUUUCUGACUGUUGGCAAAAGGCUGACCUCAGUUCCUUGCCACAUAGGCCUCUUUAACAUGGCUGCUCCAUCAACAAAUAGUCUGCUAGAAUCAUAAAAUUUAUAAUCUUGUGUAGUCUAAUCACUGAAGGAAUAUUUCAUCACUUUAUGUCUUCUACUGGCUAGAAGCAAAUUUCUAGGUCGCCUACACUCAAGGGAAGAGGAUUCCAUAAGAGUGUGAAGACCAGGAGGUAGGGUCCACUGAGACCAGUUUAGAGUCAGCCUGUGUACACUGUAAUAGAAUUGUAAGGAUUAAAUAAUUAAUACUUGGAAAAAUAGCAGCCACAAAGCAUGUUUUCUGUACAUAUUAUCUGUAAUUGUUAUCAUUAGUAUUAGUGAAUUCAUAUGAAAGGAAUUUCCUAUAGAAGUAAAAAAUUGAGAAAUGCUUCCUAUUACUGUCCAGCACUUAUUUAAUUUAUUCUGGAUAAAACCUAGGAUGUUAUAUUGAAUGUGAAAAGUUCAUCAUUUAAGCUGCAUCGGAAAUUUCAUGCUGAAAAGAAAACCCUAAGAUUUUCAUGAAUAUGACGUUGUUAAGAGUACAACUAUUGCCCUGACCGGUUUGGCUCAGUGGAUUGAGCGUCGGCCUGCGGACCAAAGGGUCCAAGGUUCGAUUCCAGGUUGCGGGCACAUCUCCAGUAGGGGGCAUGCAGAAGGAAGCUGAUUGAUGUUUCUCUCUCAUCGAUGUUUCUGACUCUCUAUCCCUCUCCCUUCCUCUCUGUAAAACAUCAAUAAAAUAUAUUUUAAAAAAAGAGUACAACUAUUGAAGAAUCAAAGAGAAGCAUGAAAUUAUUUCCCCAUAAUAAAUUUCUGAAAGUAAAGAUUUAUUAUCUCUAUUGUCUAAGCACCAUUCAAAAUUAAUUAGAAACUAUCAAAAAGAUGUCAAAAAGGAAAUAAAUCAUUUGUAAAUUUAAUAUUGUAUGUGCAUAUUCAUGCAUGUGUGUUUGUGUGCAUAAAACACUUGUAUAAAAGAAAACAUUUUUUUACAGUCAGUAUAACUUUUGGUGCUCAAAUUGUCCCAUCUUCAACCAGUGGGAGUUGGGUCUUUUGAAAUGAACCCCCUAGCAGUUAGUUUACUUGGUUAUGGCUAUACAAUUCGUCAGCUAUGGAUGGUGCCUAGGCACUGACUCAUCCUAAAAAUUGGCAAGGGUUAAAUAAUUUAUUUUGUUUUUCCCUUUUGAACGAAGUUUCACAGCCAUCAAAAACUCAAAUUGAUUUUUAAAUCUAGUAAAUACAGAGAGAUUCAUAAGAUUAGAAAAAUCACCACUCUCUAGUUUCCUAAUGGAAUAAUGGAUCCAGAAGAUAAUUGGUAAAUAUCACAACUAUUAAGUGAAAGAUUUUAUAAGUGAGAAUGCUAGAAUGGAUUUGUAAAGCUGACCACCUUGAAUCUGUUCAUCAAUUUUAGCCUCUAUAAAAGUGGGACUAUCAGACUAUUCACCUCCUGAAAGAAUGCAAUAGGAAGUAUGCACCACUACUUAUAAAACCUUAUUUCCAACAUCAUGAACUGAAGGAAUUAAACCUUUAAGUCAAAUUAUUUUAAACCAAGAAUUUGUGGAAUAGAUGAAUAAAAUAAAUGGCAACACAACCAAGCAGCCAAACAGAUUCAGAAUGUGUAAAAUUCUACAAACAACCUGCUUUCUUCAACUAAUGAGUGGCAUGAAAAAGAAAGGAAGGGCAACUGUUAGAUUAAAAGACAAGAGACAUAUCAACUAAAUUUAGUGUAUGGGCAUUACUUGGACCUACUUUGAACAAAAUGUGAAAAGAUUUUGGAGACUGGGGAAAAUGUGGACAUGCGCCAAGUUAAUUAGAUGAUAUUUAGAAAUAAUUUUGUUAAGGAUGAUCAUGUCAAUGUGGUUAUUAAGAAAUGUGAGUGCUCCUGUGUGUAGAGAUACAUGUUUAUAUGUUUAUGAAAUUACUAGAGGCCCGGUGCAUAAAAAUUCAUGCACACGGGGGGAUCCCUCAGCCCAGCCUGCACCCUCUCACAGUCUGGGACCCUUGGGGGAUGCCCACCUGCUGGCUUAGGCCUGCUCCCCAAGAACGGAUGAUCUAAAAGAAAUAAUCAUAACCUUGGGUAAGGAUUUUCUAAAAAGGUAAUGUUUGCAUGAAAAUUCACUGCUGGCGGGGCUGAGGGGAUUGGGGGACUCUGGCAGCAGGUGU